GAUGUCAGCCAAAUUGGCUGAUGUCAGCCGGAACAUGCUACCAAUCUGGUAACAUUUUAUUAUUUCUAUUCUAUCAAAAUAUAAAUCGUCAACAAAAAUAGAAAAUUUGUGAAAAAAAUGGUGCAUGAAACCGAUUUGUCAAAUGAUGCGGAAAAACAGGAUAUCGACGAUGAAGAGGACAUCACCGCUUCAUUAGCUGCUAUGAAUCUGACCAUCGGAGACCAAAUCCAGGAGUUAAGCAAACGCCUAAAUAACAUUAAUGAGGAAUUGCAACAGCAAGUGCGUGAUAAACAUGGAGCCCUGCUGCAACAGGCAACGCAUGCCGGACGUUUUGAUGUUGCUCUAAACUCUUUGGCCGAUGAUGUGCAACGUAUACGUAAUUCCAGUUAUCGUCUUAAGCAUCAAGUUGACCAUCAGUAUCAAUUAAUUGAGAAUCAAUCAAAAGUUUUAUCUCGUUUGCAUGAACUGUCGCAUCUCUUAAGAUCCUCAAAAACAUUAAUAACUUUAACCUCAAAGUUGAGAAACACUAAAGAUGUCCUCAAGCAGGCCGAGUUGCAUUAUGAAUUGAAUGAACUGAUUGAAGAUCCGGAUUUAAAGAAAAUCGAAUUUGUACAGUCGGCCAGAACGUAUGUAAUAAAUUCCAGACAAAAAAUACGCAAUUUAACGCAAAUGCAGUUGGUAACAGGAUUGCAGGAAAGGAAUGAGCAACAGAUUUGUAAUGCCUUAAAAAUCUUUAUAAAUUUCAAUACUUUAGAAAACUCAUUAGAUAAUCUAGUGAAAACCUUUAUUUCGGACUUGGAUCAAUCGCUUAAGGAGUGUUUUGCAGGCAAUGAUAUCUCCAUAUUGAAUAAAAAUGAUGCCAACAAAACAAUAACUUCAUCUCCAAAACCAGCCGCUGGUCAUAGAGGUCCGGGAAAAACUCCACAAUUAACAACUACGCAAAACUUUAGAGCUAAAUUCUGGAAGUCGUUGCACUGGCUGCUCUAUGAUGAACUUUAUGAAUGUUGCACUCAAAUACAAUUGCUGAAAAAAGCUUUGGAAGAAGUCCAACAGUUUGGCACAUCGGCUUCUAAUGCCGAACAAACCAUAAGUCAAAGAUUUUGGCAAGCUGUUCAAGAUCUUUUAAGGAAAUCCUUUAAAGAAUGUCCAGCUCAUAUUACACAGACAUUGCAAGAAGGUUUAUCAAAACUACUUAGUUCCGUAAGGGGGCUGGAGCAAAAGGUAAAUAAUGCAUUCUUAUUUGAUGACGACUUGUUUACUCCUUUGGAAGUUGGCUAUGUUAGUAAAUGUGGUGCCAAUAUGAAAGCCUGUAUGGCUGGUGUGGAUUUGCCCAAUAAUGAAACCGUUGACAAUUUCAUAAGAGUUGCUUCUUCAGAGCUAAGUGCGGCUUUAGUAGAUACUCGUCUUAGUAAUGCUAUAGCGGCUGUAUUUAUAUCAUGCAGCAAAGAGUUUUGCACAAAACUUGAGUCUCAAAUAAAACUGGGCCCGGAUUCGGUGCAAGUGGUUGAUUUGCCCAAUACACAGCAAAUUCAAAACACUUUAUUGGCCAAUAUACUGUUUUAUUUUAAAGAUUCUACCAAACGCAUGUUACAAGAUUUGGGACAACAGUUUGCUAAAUCCCAAUCAACGGCCCAUGAGGACAUAGCUAAAUCAUUGGAACAAGCUGAUCUAUUAAUAAGCACCAUAUUGCAACAGAUAAUGGAUUCCAUUGUGUCCACCAUUAAUAUAAUCAUAUUGAGUAUACAUCGUGAGCCAGGCUUAAAUUCAGAAAAAAUUUCCACGGCCGGACCCUCGAUGUAUAUGAAAGAAUUGCAAGAGUUUAUAAAUAGAUCCUGGACAAAUCACAUUUUACCUUACGAUGACAAGGGCAUAACGAUGAAAUGUGGCCAAGAGGUGGCCAAAAGAUGUAUAGACUUUUUUAUACACAAUAUCAGUAUCCUGAGACCUCUAAGUCAAGCGGGCAGGCAAAGAUUAAAAAACGAUUGUUUGCACAUGGAAAACACCCUUAAGCCAUUGUGUGCCAAUCUUUAUCAGUUGGGCAAUUCGGCACGUUUAUUGCGUGCCAUGUCAUUCCUUAUUAUUCAGAAUCCAUCGCAAUUGAUUAAGCAAACACUGGGCUCAGAUUCUUUAGUACCUUCAUACAUAAUACUACUGUUAUUAUUUGCUCAUGCUGGUUCGGAGCUACAAUCACCGCACACCACUGUCAAUUGGUCCAAUGAACGUUUGAUUGAAUGGCUGGAAGGUCAUACAAAUGAGCGCGAAAAGUUGGAAUUGAUAUCGGGAGCUCUGCAGCGUUACAGAGAUGGUGUGAGACGCCGUAAGAGUGAACAGUACGAUGAAGUGUAUCCACUGAUGGUAGAGUAUUUUGAAAAAGCUUCAAAAAUAGAAACUUGAAAAGUUAAUAAGAUGUAAUAUGUAUUUAUUUGAAUUCCAUAACAAAAAUAAUGUAUUAAAUAAAAAUAAAAUAACCAUAGUCUAGUUUGAAUAGAGGA